GUGGGGGGCGCGUUGCCCUUUAACGGGCCUGUGUCCAACAGAAGUUCGGUGUUAGUCCAGGGUCUGGUCUCCUGUCUGAUGUGUGACCGGUGUCCCCGCCCAGCCAAGUGUUUACACCCUUCGGGGCCCCAGACCCAACAGCAGUUUACGGGCGGGAAGGCGGUGCGGAGGCGGGUCCCCCGCGCCGGCGGCGGUGGGCUUGGAUGCGGGGGUUACUGUCGUUCUCCGGGAAACCUGAGAAGCAGCUGCCGUGUCACCCUGCGCACCUGCCCUGCUGGCACAGGCACCGCCAGCCUCUGUGGCCCUGGCGGGGUUGCCUCGAAGCAGGUGUUGGGUCGCCUGCGCCCAGCGUGGUCGCCUGGAGGCUCAGAGAGGGCCUUUCGCUCUGCUGCCAGCGCGACUUUUGAGUAGAGUUAGGGCUUCUGUGACAGUGACCAGGUCUGCAUGCUGGUCCCCCUUGCAGGAUGACGACUUCAGGCGCUCUGUUUCCAAGCCUGGUGCCAGGCUCCCGUGGGUCUUCCAACAAGUAUUUAGUGGAGUUUCGGGCAGGAAAAAUGUCGUUAAAAGGAACUACCGUCACCCCAGAUAAGAGGAAAGGGCUGGUGUACGUCCAGCAGACGGACGACUCUCUCAUUCACUUCUGCUGGAAGGACAGGACGUCUGGCAACGUGGAGGACGAUUUGAUCAUCUUCCCCGAUGACUGUGAGUUCAAGCGCGUGCCGCAGUGCCCCAGCGGCAGAGUCUACGUGCUCAAGUUCAAGGCAGGGUCCAAACGCCUCUUCUUCUGGAUGCAGGAGCCCAAGACGGACCAGGACGAGGAGCACUGCCGGAAAGUCAACGAGUACCUGAACAACCCGCCGAUGCCCGGCGCGCUGGGGGCCAGUGGGAGCGGCGGCCACGAGCUCUCGGCGCUGGGCGGCGAGGGCGGCCUGCAGAGCCUGCUGGGGAACAUGAGCCACAGCCAGCUCAUGCAGCUCAUCGGACCCGCCGGCCUUGGAGGACUGGGCGGGCUGGGGGCCCUGACUGGGCCGGGCCUGGCCAGCUUGCUGGGGAGCGGAGGGCCUCCGGCGAGCAGCUCUUCAUCCAGUUCCCGGAGCCAGUCGGCAGCGGUCACCCCGUCCUCCACUGCCUCUUCCGCCCGCGCCACCCCAGCCCCUUCUGCUCCAGCAGCUGCCUCGGCGACCAGCCCAAGCCCUGCACCGAGUCCAGGUAACGGAACCAGCACGGCAGCCAGCCCAACCCAGCCCAUCCAGCUGAGUGACCUGCAGAGCAUUCUGGCCACUAUGAACGUGCCAGCCGGGCCCGGAGGCGGCCAGCAAGUUGACCUGGCUAGCGUCCUGACGCCCGAGAUCAUGGCGCCAAUCCUUGCCAACGCGGACGUCCAGGAGCGCCUGCUGCCUUACCUACCCUCUGGGGAGUCACUGCCACAGACCGCAGACGAGAUCCAGAACACGCUGACCUCCCCCCAGUUCCAACAGGCCCUGGGCAUGUUCAGUGCGGCCUUGGCCUCGGGGCAGCUGGGCCCCCUCAUGUGCCAGUUCGGCCUGCCUGCGGAGGCCGUGGAGGCCGCCAACAAGGGUGAUGUGGAGGCAUUUGCCAAAGCGAUGCAGAACAGUGCCAGGUCGGAGCCGAAGGAGGGUGACGGGAAGGACAAGAAGGACGAAGAGGAGGACAUGAGCCUGGAUUAAGUUAUUUGCCGUCUUUCCCGGGGGCGGGGUCCUUGGCUGUGUGAUGGACACGCCCGUCACACACCCUCUUUCCUCUGUUGCAACCUAAUAAACGUCUUUUCUUUAAUCUGCAAA